AUGAUCUUACGUUUCUCCAGUCGUAUUGGCCAGUUUCGCCUGAACGUCGAACCCUCGACCGACAUCUCGACUCUACUCCCUCAGAUUGUCGAGAAGCUCACUCCCGACACUCUUUCCGCAUCCGUCGCCAUAAGCCCACAGCGUGGUGGCCAAUCACGACUUCUCGAGAGCCUCAAAGGCGUUACUCUCCAGAAACUCGGGCUUGCAAAUGGUGCUCAAAUAUUUGUCGAGUUCAGUGAAGGCCAAGCUCCGACAAAUGGUCAACCGCCCGCACCGUUAAAUGCUCACAGACUGAAUGGAAAGGAAGUCACUGCUCAAGACACCACUACCAUUGCCAUCCCCAAUCUGACUGCGCAAACUCGUGUUGACAAUCCCUGGGAUACUGUCAAGCAGUUGCCACUCGACGAUGUUUUGGACAAGGAGAAUGGCAAGAUCAAGAGACCUCGCGAUACCAGAAUGUGCAGACACGGCGCAAACGGCAUGUGCGACCACUGUCAGCCCAUCGAACCAUAUGACGCUGGCUAUCUGGCCGAGAAGAAGAUCAAGCACCUUUCUUACCACGCAUACCUCCGCAAGAUGAACCAAGGCAAGAACAAGUAUGAAUCUGGAAGUUCUUGGAUGCCUCCUCUUACCGAGCCAUACUACCGAGUAAAUCCAAACUGUCCUUCGGGCCACAAGCCCUUCCCUGCAGGUAUCUGCACAAAGUGCCAGCCUAGUGCCAUCACCCUACAACCUCAACCUUACCGCAUGGUCGACCACGUCGAAUUCUCGUCUCCCGCCAUCAUCAACAAGAUUCUAGACUUCUGGCGCAACUCAGCAGCUCAGAGAAUUGGUUUCAUGUACGGUCGCUACGAGCCCUACGCAGAGAUACCACUCGGCACGAAGGCUGUUAUUGAGGCAAUCUACGAACCUCCUCAGGUCGAUGAGCUUGACGGCGUAACUUUGAAUGACUGGACAAAUGAGAACGAGAUUGAUCAGGUGGCGUCUCUUUGCGGCCUGCAACGCGUCGGCGUCAUCUUCACUGACUUGCUCGACUCUGGAAAGGGCGAUGGCACUGUAGCUUGCAAACGCCACGCUGAUUCUUACUUCAUGUCUUCCCUCGAAAUCAUGUUCGCAUCAAGGUAUCAAGCCAAGUACCCACGCCCUUCGAGAUGGAGUGAGACUGGCUCUUUCGGAUCCAACUUCGUUACAUGCAUCAUCACUGGUGAUGACGAGGAUCAGAUUGCCAUUCAAGCCUAUCAGGCGUCUGAUUCUGCCGUGGAAAUGACGAGAGCCGAUAUUAUCGAGCCAUCCGCGGACCCGACAGUUAUGCUCGUCCGAGAUGAAGAUGAGGAGAACGAGCUGGGUCGCACGCGCUAUAUCCCCGAAGUCUUCUAUCGCCGCAUUAACGAGUACGGUGCAAAUGUACAGGAAAACGCCAAGCCAUCAUUCCCUGUGGAAUAUCUGCUGGUCACACUGACUCACGGUUUCCCGUUGCAACCCAACCCUCUAUUCACAAGCGAGGAAGGGUUCAUUGUCGAGAACAGAGAGAUGAUCGGCCAAUCUCAGGAACACAGAGCUCUCAAGACUUUCUUGAGCAAGGUCGCUAGACUCGACACCGACAAUGGAGUUCAGAAGAUGUCAGACUUCCACGCUCUGUGCUUUGUGCAUACCAUGGGUGUUCUAAGCGAGGAUGAGUUCCGUCUUCUCUGUCAAGUGGCAACGCAGAAGGAUACGAGCCUCGGUGCAGCGUUGCAGCAAACACCAGGUUGGGCCACUCUCCAAACGAUCCUUGACAUGUAG